AUGGUCGCCGACGCGCUGAUUUACCACCCCACGGUGUCGCAUUACUUGAAGUUUGUCGCGACCACGGUCGGCCGCGACAAAGUGCUCCGCACUUUACAAUACUUCUCGCGCUUCCUCGCCUGGUACCUGUACCGCACGAACCACCCGCAGUCGACGAUCGCGCCCUUCGAGACGACCAAGAAGCAGUUCGGCGUCACGCGCAAGCUGCUGCGCGUGGGCAAGUUCGUCGAGCACUUCAAGGCCGCGGCGAUUGCGAGCGAUGCGAAGAGCAUGGAUCCGGUGCUGCGGUAUGCGGCGAUUGGACGGCAGUUGGGGUAUGCGGGGUAUAUGGUGCUAGAUAAUGCUACGGUGCUCGACGCCACUUCGAUCCGCAAAUUCCCCGCCUCGCAGCGCCUGCUGCGCGAAGCCUACCGCGCGUGGUUCGCCGGCAUAACCUGCAGCAUCGUGUCCUCGCUGUACGCGCUGUACCGGCUGCGCGAGCGGACGGCGCGCCUCAGCGAGAAGGACGGCGAGGGCGUCGUCGAGAAGAAGAAGGCGCAGCGCGAGGCCACCGCCGUCAAGAUCCAGCUCGUCAGCGACUUGUGCGAUAUCACGAUCCCCAGCGCCGCGCUCGGCUGGGUCGCGUUUGAUGAUGGGUUUGUUGGGCUGGCGGGGACGGUGAGUAGUUUGCUGGGGGUUUAUACGCAGUGGAAGAAGACGGCGUAG